UGGAGGAAUCGCGGUGAGCAAGAUGGCGCUGUGUCGUUCAGCACUGAACAGCUCCCGUCGGGCUUUUUAACAAACACUUUCAUUUGAGCUUAAAUCAAUCAAUUAAAACGAAAGCCAGAAUUCGUCUUGGGGUUUCUCAUUCAGUCGGAACGCAAGGAAUGCUCCACAGGACGUUCGCUUCAGUUGGUGCAGAGAAGCAGCAGAACCCACCGCACAGACCCUGUCUACGAGAAUGACCAGAGAAGAUUCAAAUCAACACGGCAAUGGCUCGCGGUGAGACCCAUCCAUAAAUCCACCAGUGGAUUUAUCUGGCUAUUCCCCUGUUGUGGCUCUAUAACAUGGAGGAGCGAGAAAAUGAUAUGUUUGAACAGAAAAUAAACUCUUUUAUUUAACAUCAGAGGCAUCGUUUCUGGACUUUCACGUUAUCUUCAGCAUGUCAGGCACUGUAACACUGCUGGUCAUGUCUGCGUCGUUUUUCAACCCUAGUUUUGCGCUGAGCUCUCAUUUUGACUCAGAUGGAGCGCCACUGAGUGAGCUGUCCUGGUCGUCCUCUCUGGCUGUGGUGGCUGUGUCUUUCUCUGGACUCUUUACCUUCAUCUUCCUCAUGCUGGCUUGCCUGUGCUGUAAACGAGGUGACAUUGGCUUUAAGGAAUUUGAGAAUGCAGAGGGAGAGGAAUAUCCAGCGGACAUGUCCACGCCGGCAUCGCCUGCAUCUCACAUCGGUCCUGACGUCUAUAUCCUGCCUCUCACCGAGGUCUCGCUACCCGUCGCCAAGCAACCUGGCCGAUCAGUCCAGCUCCUGAGACCCACGGAUCUUGGCCGCCACAGUUUGCUUUGUAUAAAGGAGAUUGGACAUGGCUGGUUUGGCAAGGUAUUGUUGGGGGAGGUUCACUCUGGUCUCAGCAGUACCCAGGUGGUGGUGAAGGAACUAAAGGCCAGUGCCAGCGUGCAGGACCAGAUGCACUUUCUGGAAGAGGCUCGGCCAUACCGGUCUCUCCAGCAUCCGGCUCUAGUGCAAUGCCUCGCUCAGUGCACAGAGGUCACACCCUACUUAGUGGUCAUGGAGUUCUGCCCACUGGGUGAUGUUAAAGGUUACCUGCGCAGCUGUUGGGCAACAGAUUCAAUGACCCCUGACCCCUUACUACUUCAGAGGAUGGCGUGUGAGAUCACUUCAGGCCUGCUUCACCUUCACAAAAACAACUUCACCCAUAGUGAUCUGGCUUUAAGAAACUGCCUGCUUUCCUCAGACAUGAAAGUUAAGAUUGGAGACUAUGGACUAGCACGCAACAAGUACAAGGAUGACUAUUUUGUGACAUCAGACCAGACCUGGGUUCCCUUACGCUGGAUUGCUCCUGAACUGGUUGAUGAGGUUCAUGGUAACUUACUGGUGGUGGACCAAACCAAGGAAAGCAACAUCUGGUCACUCGGUGUAACAAUCUGGGAGCUGUUUGAGUUGGGGAAUCAGCCGUACCGCCAUUAUUCAGACCGACAGGUUCUCAGCUAUGCUGUAAAGGACCAGCAAUUGAAGCUGCCCAAGCCACUUCUUAAGUACCCUCUUUCUGACCGCUGGUAUGAAGUAAUGCAGUUCUGUUGGCUUCAGCCUGAUCAGAGGCCCAAUGCGGAAGAAGUUCAUCUGCUGCUUAGUUACCUAUGUGCCAAAGGAGCCAGUGAGGCAGAGGAAGACUUUGAGAGACGCUGGAACUCCAUGAGACCAAACACAAGCCAUGCUAAUGUCCAUGGAGCUGGUGCACUAGCAAUCGACAUGCCCAUGUCAUCCACCACUUCAUCAUUCCCCCUACUGGAACAGUUCCCCACUGGAGAUGGCUACCAUUCAGAAUCUGGAGAUGACAUCUUAACGGUUACUGAAACCAGCCAUGGCCUCAACUUUGAGUACAAGUGGGAGCAGGCACAGGCUGAACAACACUACCAUUCUUCAUCCACGUCAGGCACUUUGGGUCAAGGCAAUCCCCAUUGUCAGGAGGUCUACUACCCUCCAGGUGGAAUAGUGGGGGGCUGUGCUGUUGAAGGACUCACCCUAGGGGUUUCUCCUUCAUAUUAUGAGUCCAAACAAAUACACACCCCUGGUGUGGUACCAGUUCUGAGUGCUCACAGUCCAUCAGUGAGUAAUGAGUACUACAUUCGCAUUGAGGAGCCAGUACAAAGCAAUACUGAUAUGAACUUCACCCUGUGUGCUUACAGUCCAGAGUUUGGGGGCAACAGUGGAAGCUUUCUAACAGGUAGUGGAGACUCUAGGGAGUGUAUGAACUGUCCCCCUGAAGCUAAACCUGACAUUUAUUGGUCAGCGGAUAUCCACAAAAGCAGUGCCUAUGAUUCCGACACCAGUCCUGCUAUGUCUCUAACUAUGGGGCCUCUUUUGGGCCAUGGUAGCCCUCUUAGAGCAUGGGAGUCUGGUCACUAUGUCUCAUACAAAGACAGGGAUGGAGGUUACUACUAUGAACCAUCACCUCCUAAGAUCAUGGACCGCUACCUGAUACGAGAUCCAACAGAGGCUCCACAAGAGAGCUGGGGGUCUCGAAGCUUAAGACAGGCACUUGGGGAACUGGAGGAGCCUUUAGGUGUCUCCCCAUCACUUGGAAGUCCUCCACAAGGCUAUGCUGAUCCUUACUUGGAGAGCAUUCAAGGCUCCAUUAUAGUAAAGAACGUUACGGGAGGAUAUUAUGAUAUGAUGGGCUCUUUGAGGAAGACUAUGCCAGGUAGCCACUCAGUUUGUAUUGACAUGGCGUCAGGUGGUGCUAUAUUUGUAGGACGAGAUGACAGCGACUCUGAGGAAGAGGAAGACAUCUUUGUGGAAAGGCGAGCAAGAAGCUGGUCCACCAGCAAUCCAACAAAUACAAACACAAGGACCUUGCGUCAAAGGCAGGGGUUUUGUAUCCAAGAUUCGUAUGCAGAUUUCCACUACACUAUGCCGAUGACUGACGUUGAAGAUACAUGGCCAGAAGAGCAGACCCUGCUGUACCAUAUGGCCAAACCGGUUGACUACUUAGAGGCAACAGUCAAAAGCAACACUUGCCUGGUGCAUGGAAGACAUGUACCUUCAAACCCUUCACCCGAGUGCAGCUCGUAUAUCCAUAUGUGCCAUGAACCCAGAGAGGCUGAAGUAUAUCCCGUGCCAUGUUGUCAAGCUUUGAGCAGUUCACAUUUUGUAGAUCCUCUAACAGGAACACUUGUGAGGAACUGCUUCAUGAUUGACUGUAUUCCAGGGAAACCAAUGACAUUGCCCAAAAAAGACCAACAUCUAGGCCAAGCACCUUUAUCUGCUGGACAUAUAGUUUCCAAAAUAGAGCCAUCAAGGGAAGGUGCCAAACAGUUUGAUGUCUCACAGCAGUAUGUGGAUGUUAGGGUAGGAGAAACAAACUUGAAGCAAGAAAAAGCUUUGCAUGAAGAUGUAUCUCUAAUGGAUCCCAAAACUGAAAUUAUUGCCAUCACUCCACAAUUGGAGAAAUCCCAAGCAGAGUUACCCAAAUCAGAGCCAGAGUCAGACUUAAGCAAGACAGCGGACAGCGGUGUGGACCAUGGACGCUCUAGUAUCAGUCUGGUGGAGAUUGAUGACUGCAGCGACGAUGACAUCACUGACGUAACCUCAGGGAUUUUUGGUGAUUUCACCAUUGAAGUAGAAACUGUUGACUACAUCAAUCCAACAUUCAAGUCAUUACAAAAGCAGGUUGGUACCCCAGACUCCAUGGACUCGAUUGACAUACCAUCCACAGCAUGUUCCAGCGAGACACUCAGUCCUGCCUCCAUCCAUCCGUCAAGCUCUCCCAAGACAGUGGACAGUGGAUAUGACACCGAAAACAAUGAAUCUCCAGAGUUUGUCCAAAAGGAACCCCAUGAGCUACAAGAUUCUAGGGUUUUCAUCCAACCCUUGGGAAAAGUGAUAUCUGGGUCUAACUUUGAACAAGAGAUUAUAAGCGCAGAGGAUGAGAAGCUAGAGGACAACGUUGAUACUGUAAUGGCAUUGACAACAUCUGAAAGCAAUGAUGGAGAGCUGAAAGCACUGAGUGAUAAAACUCCAUACAGAGAUUCGGCCUACUUCUCUGACUAUGAUGCCGGGAAAGAUAAAGAAAGCGAAGAGGACAUCGAUGAACUCGAAUAUCAGAAAGAUGGAAUGGAGGAAAUUAUAGAUAAAGAGGAGCUACUUCCUCCAAAAAAGGAGGCAGAUGAAGAUGAAUAUCUUUUGCCAUCUACAAAGGAAAGUGAAAAAACUCCUGAAAACUCUCAUGAUGCAACUUCAAAUGUUCCAUCAAAGAUCAAUGAAGGUAUGUCUGGUUGUGACACAAUCAGUAGUGUGUCUCUCUCAUCUCCUGAUAAUGAAGUGUCUACCAUAAAAGGUCAUUUUGGCCAUAAUGAAAAUCUUGGUGUAGAUUCAGAUCUUUCUGCAGAACUUGUACCAUCAGAAUCUGAAGGAUCUAAUUCAGAUGCUUUGCUUGGUCCCGACGUAAAGCAAGAGGAAUCUUUCAAACAAGUAGGCAGUGAAGAUAGACUGUCUCUCGACCAAGUAACUUCUGAGGGUGAUGUUGCAAACACCAAUAUUCCAGAGGUCCUUAUUGAUGAGAAUGAAGAGGGCAUAGUCAAAGAUGUGAGCUGUAUCAUUUUGUCCGAAGAGGAACUAGCAUCUCAGAAGGAAACAGCAGAAAGGAACUUUUCCCCUACACAUGAGGGACUGGAAUCCAGGAGUAAGGACUGUGAAGAAGGAGGACGCAAAAGAAGCUCCACACGUUCUGGCUCUCCUCCCCCUCCACUAGAAGGACGGGUAUCUCCCACAGAUGGAGAGGAGGCAGAUGAGGAAGAUGGCGACUCUGAGGAUAGCGAUGAGUCCGAUGAGGAGCUGCGCACUUACAGUAUCCAGGAACAGAGCGAAGAAAGCGAGGACGAGAUCUUGACCGUACCUAUCAUUGUGAGCGAUUGCAGUGAUGCACACAAACUCAGAAGUCUCCUUAAGAUACCAAUGCUGCUCAGUGAUUCACUGUCUGACGAAAUGGAGAACAAAAAGAAAGUGGUGUCUUUUUUCGAUGAUGUCACUGUCUUUCUGUUUGACCAGGAAAGCCCAACCAGAGAGCUGGCAGAUCAAAGUUUUCCCUUGGGUGGAGAGUCAAGCAAACCGAGUGCAAAGGGUAAAGCACAAGACCAGCAGGAAAAGAUCAAUGCCUCUGAUGACUCUUCUGAUGGAAACAUCUCAGAAGAGAGUGCAGGGUUUGAAUGGGAAGAUGAUUUCCCAUUGUUGCCCCUUCCCACAUCUUCUAAGGGGUCUCCACUGGACAUCACUCCAAAGCCGAGCCUAACGAGUGGCAGUACUAAACCUGUGGCACAGGUCUCCCGUUUUACCGUUUCUCCAUCCAGUGUGUCACGUUUCUCCAUCACACACAUCUCAGAUUCAGAUAUGGAUUCUGCAGGAGGGAGCAGUGAAGAUGGGGAAAGAGAGUGAAUCACCAUACUACUGCCAACACUGAGCAGCACUGGCAGACACUUAUUUAUUUUUGUUUAUUUUUUAUUUUUUUUAUUGAGUAGAUCACAAUAAGAAGGAGAUUUUGAUCUCUUUGGAAACCGUUUUGGAUCCCCUUAAAGACAGUGCCUCUUAAUGUCAGCAAACACUUCAGAGCAGCCCUUUCAAAAGGGUCCCAGAAGAAAAAAAAAUAUGUGGGAAUGACUAAAACAUAAUAGGAAACAAACAAAAAUUAAGCGUAUUAUAAAUGAAACAGAGUUUGGAUGGAUCUGCUUAGUUUAUAUGGACCUACUGGAAACUGACUGUGACUGUUUACAACAUCAGAUACUCUGUUCAGCAGAUUGUCAGAUACAAAAAUUGAAUGAGCGAAAUGUAACAAAACUAAACUGAACUGAUUUUUACUGUGAAAUAUCAAUGCAGUGUUGUUUGUCUAUAAAAGGAGGAGUUUUAAAAAGGAGAGGUUAUUUAAGUGUUUUUAUGACUAAAAUGAAGUUCACGACACACAGCUGCCUUGUGUUUGUCACCUGCCUGAGAGUAGCAUUGUGUUAUGGUGACAUGGCAUUCUGAAACCACUUUUAUGAUUUUAUUAAUAAUCACACUAGGAUUAUUAUUAUCGAUUCUCUUUCUUCGUGAUUUGAAUGCUUAGUGUUUUAGAUCAUUUUGUUAUUUAUUUACUUAUUCAGUGCUUCAAUUUAAAUCAGUUUGCACAUGAUAUGAUUAUUUGUCAUUGUUUGCUAUUUCCGUUCAUAGCAGAAAUCAUGUUUCACAGUUUGACUUUGAAUAUCUGCAGUUAAAUCCAUAAAAUAAUAACAAAAAAGAUGACCUUUUUUAAUAGUGAAGUUUUAACAUGCAGUAGAAAAGUAGAAAAACUACUCAAAAUAAUCUCAAAAAUAAAUAU